CCAUCAGAAUGGUACCGAGUCGAGGGAAGGUUCUGCCUGAUCGGACCUGGCUGACCAGUGGCUGACCCCUAGGUGACCCCUUCCUGCCCUCAGGGUCACUCACCUGGCUGCAGAGAGACACCUGAAAAAUGUUCCCGUCACGUCCUCCACAGAACAGGAAAUACUCUGAGGGGUCAAAGGUUACCGACAUGAUCUCCACGUCAAAGAGGACGGACAGCAGCAGCUCACCUGAGGAGAGCUCCCACACCUGGACAGAUAGAUGAAGAACAGUCCUGUUUCCCUGGAAUAAUCCUGUAAUUUAGUGUGUGAUCUGAAUAGAAUCCCAAUCUAAAACAUAUUUUCUCCCAAAACCAACAUAAUCUCAAUUUAACACCAAUAAUCCAGAUGGAAACCUGCCUGGGGGCGGGGCUACGCUCAGCCUCACCUUUGCGGUCUGGUCGAGCGACGACGUGGCGACUCUGGCCUGAGCUCCCAUGUGACCACAGUGCAGGUCUGUGAUUGGCAGAGAAUGGCGGGACAGUACAUGGCGCGGUUCGGGGGUGUGGCUUAAAUCCAUCUGGACCACACUGAGGGACAGACACAGGUGAGACAGGAAAGUGACCUGUCGGGCAGGUGGUGACCACAAGAUGAGCUACCUGCACACGUUCCACACCAGCGCCAGGUUGUCUUUGCCCGCAGAAACAAAAUGGCUGCUGUCGUCGGUGAACUUCAGGCAUGUGACGUCCUGAUAGUGUCGACUGAGCACCGCCAGCAGCUUACCUGUGCACACCUGGACCAAUCAGAGCACAUAGUUUAUAAACACACUCAACGGUCAGCAGAAGCGCAUUGCUACCAUGGAAACCAGUGGGCUCACCUCCCACAGGUAGACCGCCUCAGCGACUCCUGCAGCGAGGAAAGCCCCGUCAGGUGAGGCGGUGAGACAGGUGACCACACCUGGACAGACGAUCUUCUGCUGCAGCUGGUCCUGCAAACACAGCAGGGUCAUGUGACUUUUACACCGCCAUCAGAAACGCCUCGGAACACGGCGGACCCGUCCGCCACAAACAGGUCCAGGGCAACGGAACGCUGCAAGAUUUCUGCUUGUGCACCAGGUGCUGCAGCCUGUUGGUCUAAUCCUGGUGUGCGGCAGCACAGAGCCGGUUGGAGGCGGCUAGUCUACAGGAACCGAGUUUUAAAUGAAACUGAAGCUGUUGAACCAGGAAGUUCCAACGGUGCCGUGAUCAGCACACAGCAGCAUCAGUGUGAGGAAGAAGCUCAUAUGAAGCGUCUCUGUUUUCCUUUGAGGGGUGACCACAACCUGCUGACCCCUGACACACACACUGGGUCGGAGGGCAGGGCCUCGCUGCCAGGACACCUGAGCAACCUGUCCACCAGGUGGCGUCAGUCGGCGUCUCCGACUCGCCGCCUACGAUUCGAUGAUGAGACGGAGACGGAGGCGGAGUCUCGUUACCUGGAGCGACAGCAGGGGACAGGUGUCCAGGUGUCCAAACUGGACCUGAACCAGCUCAAUGUGAGAGGAAAACCGGCGAUGAUGGUGGCGAUGUCUGGAGCCCAGCUGGACCGUCGCCUCGCUCUGCGUCCACCUGUAGCCAAGGCGAGGGGGCGGGGCCGUAACAGACCCCACCUCCAGGUGCGGACAGAAGUGCUCAAAGACUCUUAUAUCGGCUGCAUCUCACCUGCUGACUCAGGUGAGGGAGGGGGCGGGGCUGUCUGCAGAGUGGAUGAAACAGGUACAAACCAGGUGACAGCUUCACAAGCCCCACCCACUGUCAAAACACCUGCCAACCCCUAUGCCUUGUACCCGGUGGGCACAACGUCGCCCCGCCUGCCUACCUGCCACCAUCAUGACCAUAAACGUCCUUCCCCUUUAUCCCUUCAUUCUGUGACAUCACUGACGAUGUCACAGAACGGAGGGCUUCAUAACACAAUGAUAGGAAACCAGCAAGAGAAGAAGAAAUCCUCUGAUCCCCAGCCUGGCUCCGAACUGAAGAAGAGGAGGGACUGCUCGUCCUCAGCUGAAGACAAAGCCCCGCCCACUUCAGGUAGCCCAGAUGGACACCGCAGACAUCCAAUCAGAGAGGAGCUGCACGGUGUUGUUUCACUUCCUGGGAGUAGAGAUGGACCCUCUCGUCUCUCUCUGCAUCGCCUUUUGUCCUCGGUCAAACUGAGCAGGACUCGAACUGGCAGCCUUGACCGACUGGUUCCCCCGGUUCCUGAGCGUCUUUCCAGUGACGGCAGGAAGUCCUGCAGCCUGUGGAAGAAAUCUCCUUCUGCUCAGUCUCUCUGUGGGGCGCUGGAACUCCAAAUGAAGAAGUCGUCAUCAGUGCAGAGUUUUGGUUCUGAGGAGAGCAAGAACUGCAGCGUAGAUUACGGACCUGCUGAUGAGCAGUAAAACAGACGCUUGUAUCAGCUUAUCCCGGUCCCACCCACUCAGAGCUCAGUUUCCUCCAUCAGGCUUUUCCAUCCAUGUCUGAGGUCAGAGGUCAUCGGCCGGCCACUCAGGGAGAUUGGUCGGUCGGGUUGUUCAGGUUUGUUCUGAUGGACUGAUUCUGUUGGGAAUUAGUUCGCCAUCAGAUCAGAGUUUUGGAAACAGGCAAGCCACAGGGCAGAGCGAGCGUCCAAACUGGAAACCACUGAAACCAGUUUAGUUUGCUUCCAGAUUCACGUCUCAGCUUCUGUUCAACGGAGCCGACGUCAGAGAAACCACCAAGAAGGUUCUGAUCCAGCUGGUUCAAUCACCCAGCCCUGUUAGUGGAGUUAUGCUAACACCUAGCCCUGUUAGCAUGCUACACUAAGGUCUAGUCCUGUUAGUGGAGUUAAGCUCAAGACUAGCCCUGUUAGCACAACUUUUGUGCUAAUUUUAAAGAAUCUUUUGUUUGCAUAAAUUGAGUGUAUAAAUGAAGCUACUUUCUAGGAAUGUGCGAUCUAAACAUAUACAGUAGAAACGUUAGAAACUUGUCUGACGAUAUAAAUCUGCAGUCUGCCGGCUAACUGCGGUAAAGCUUGUUGAUGAUGUAACCGGUUACAUCGAUUCGCGUUUCCCCAUCAGAUACUGUUUGUCAGUGUCUCCUCGCUGCCCAGGUGGCAACAUUUUCAACACUUGUUCAGCGAUCUUAUUUAGCGCGCCUUGCUUGCGCCGCUAUGGAACUAUGGACACUGUGAAAGCUUAAACAAUGAGUUUUGGCAGAUUUGUUCUUCUUUUUUCACUGUUUGCAACUGCAUUCUCAUCAGACACACACACACCCCCACACAACCCCUUAGUGGUCUGCGCGCUGUAUGAAAGGUGUGUGAAUAAUGAUUGGCCGAAACCAUGUGACUUUGGGACUUUUACUCAGCUGAAAUAAAGCGAACUGCUCCUUUAUUAAAGCUGGAGUUCCCAACAAAAUGCUUUAAUAAAGUUGAUCAGUCAGAAAUGAAAUGGUUCAUUGAUGUCACAUGACCAAACUGCUGCCACCUGUCACACCUGAUGAUGUGUAAAGCCAUGAUUGACUGCUUCUUGGUCAGCUGUUCUCAAAAAGAUAGCUCAUUUAUCAGACUUCCUAUUGCUACUUCAGAAUAAGAGUCUGUCAGAAGCGGCUGCUACCUCUGAGCUGACAGUUUACCAUAGAGCGAGGCUUUUAUUGUGAAGGAGCAGUAGGAAGUGUGGUUGAUGACUCAAAUCUAAAUCUGAAUUCAAAUGUCAACAUGACGCUUAAAUAAAACUGUUUAACAAACUAAAAGCUUUCAGUAAACAAAACAAACACAAACAAAAUUUAGUGUUUUCACGUGAGUUCCACCAAAUUAACCAGUUAAAAUGAACCAGUUUAAACUGACCUAGUUCAGAAUGAGGUUUGUUUCGGUUCUGGAGAAAAUAAAACAGAUGUUUGGGUCAGGGUUCUGGUUCUGGACAACCAGACUUCUGUUUUUGGUUCUCUAAGAAACAUUAUUGAAAGAAUAAUGCUUCUUGACAUUUUUACAUUUUAUGAAACUGAAAACUGUUCAGUCUAAAGGUAGAGCAGAGUUCAAUUUCAGGGUCCAGUCCACCAGAACCUCCAGAACUAGGGGUGCACUGAUUUAUCGGCCAGCCGAUUUAUUGUUGCAGAUUUCCUUCGUUUUGGGAGAUUAGUGAUCAGACGAUCUGAUCUACAUCAGCAAAGCUCUAGAAAUCAGCCACUGUCCUCUGCUGAGGUAAUACUGUUAGCCCCGCCCACCAGGUUAGCCCCGCCCACCAGGAUCUGUCUGCAUGUCCGCAGUAACAAUAGCCCGCCCACUGUUAAUAAAUAAAUAAUUAAUUGUAUUUAUCGACAUUUCAGAGAGAGAAAGUUGGAAUCGGCAGCUCAGGCUUUUUAAAGAUGGAUUAUCGGCCAUCGCUCAGAAAACUGCAAUCGGUGCACUCCUAUCCAGAACCCUGCCAUGUUCCUCCUGCUGCAGUCAGGAGCCAAUCAGAUUGAAGCUCAAACAGGUCAAAGUGGUUCUAAGUGAACAGAACGGACCCAGGUUCUGCUGAGUCAUCAGGUCCAUGUUGGACAGGAACUGGUUAGACUGGUUAAACUGGUUGGUUUUAGAGUUAUUCUAGGUACUUUCAGAAUAUUAAAUAAAAAAACAAAAACAAACUGAACAGACUUUUUUUCCUCUGAAAUAAAGUUCAACAUGCGAAAAUCACAGUAGGAACAUGUUGGACUGGACCGGACCAGGUCCAGAGGGCUGGGAUCAGCGGUUUGGGUCGAUGUGACGCUUCAGUCAAAGGAUGAAGAAGAGGAUGAUGACGACCAGCAGGAUCAGCAG